CAGCAGCAAAAAGUGUCUUCAGUCCGCGCCAUUCUAGCAAAAUGAUACGGACCGCGUGUACCCUGUUGCUGUUAGCCUCUGUUGCCCUGACUGUGGCGACAGCUUACCCUACAUGGGAGGCUCGAUCUGCGGUGCGUGAGAUUAAGGAUGGCUCGGAGUCCCUGGUACCCAUCCUGGUCCUCCCUUUGGAUCCCCAGCGCUCCCAGGCUCUCAGAGUGGGAACACGAUCCCAGAAGAGGAACUCCGAGAUCCUCAACACCCUGCUGGGCUCAGAGGCUCUCGGAGCCAUGAGGAACGCCGGCAGGAGGUAGUUUGUGUAGGCCCCCUGGAGUGAAAGUAUUGAGUCAACACUGGCCAAGCCGCACGCAAAUCUAAUUAGUCCAUAGGAAUUUGAUGUCUCAGGGUAAUCAUUAAUCGAUGAAUUUGAUUGGAAAUUAAAUAAUUUAUAAUGUUUUUUCUUCUUCCUGAAUUAUUCAUUUAGAAAUAAGACGAAUACUUUAAGUAUACAUUGGUACUCAGAUUUGAAUAUUGAUGUUUAUAUGAAAAUAUCUUAUUCAUUGAACAUAUAAAGAAAUUAGGUCAUUCAUCACAUAUAGAGAUACAUCAAAUAUUUAAUCAUUGUUUCAUUACACACCAAAACAUAGUGAUAGAUCUGAAGUCCAGUUAUAAUUAUCCAGGAAAGGAAAACAAUAAUAAAAAUAAAAUUUCAAAAUAAAGGAUUUUUAAAACAAAA